GCAACGCUCCAAAUUAUUUCCAUAUCAACCGUGUAGAUUCUUUGAAAUUUUCGUUGCUAUUAUUUAUUCGUAUAUAUUUUAUUAAAAGAUUCUUGGAUUUAAUUUGUUGAAAUCAUGGAUGAGUUUGGUUGCUUUGAUGCCAAGAUGCCGGCUGGUCCAAGAGUGCCGGAUUGGCGUACAUCAACCUAUCGAGGACAUCGUCACAUUACGGACACACGACUGGGCAACAAACUUAGUGCUCCAGUUGAGUGUACCAAUAAGGGAAUCUAUGUCCGCGAUAAGUUGAUGCACGAUAAACAGCUCUCUGAAGUUGCUGACAACUAUACAUGGAAGUACUGUGAUCCGCAUAUUUUAAGAAAUCCCUCGCUUAACAUGAAGACUCAGUUUAUGAAGCGCUUCGAGGAGGGCAACCUGCGUUUUGUGAAGCGUAAGAUCAAGCCAAUGACCAGCGUUAGUCAGGACACGUAUACGUACACGGAGCUGCCAUUUGAAGCUGAUCCGCUGCCCAUACAAAUGCCCACACCGGUUGAGGCAACCAAACUUGUGAUAGAUCGCUCAAAGGUCGGUUAUACCAAGUAUCUGGAUCCGGGAGCCACUACAUACAAUCUAUCCUAUGUGCACAUGUCGCCGCAAGAUCUCCAAGCAAGCGUUGCGGUCCACGACAACAUUACUUUUUGGAACUGGUCUCAGCAUUCACCUGCUGUCGUGCCUAUUGCUCGUGAGCCGGACGAAAUCAUGUGCGAUGAAUCAUCGGCUGCGGAGUGCACCAAGCGUCGCUUGGAAUAUCAGUGUCAGAUCAAACGUGUUCCACAUACUGGUCUCGUGACUGAGGUACAAGCGAACUACCUCGAUCCCAAGCUUAACAAGGAAUACAUCGAAUAUAAUACGACCGAUGUGAAGCCUCUUUUAAUCCAUGAGCCUGUGACACCCUUUGCCACCCUCAGCGAAUAUGACGUCUAUGGAUCUGGACAACCAGUUAUUAAAUAUGUUUAGAAGUUUAAAGAUUAAGGACUAGCAAUUCAAA